AAGAGGGCCUGCUGAGUCUGGCGCCCGAGGGUAAAGUGGGCUUGAGAAAUUGUGUAUGAGAUACUAUGGCAAGUCAACUAGUAAAAUCUGCGGAAAGUAAAAGUUGUAAGCGACCAAGAGAGACAGAGAAUGAAACUUUGGUGGGUCCACAGUUGUCUUCUCUUGCAAAAUCAGAUUCUACUUUUUCUGAAAGUGCUGUGCCAUCAUUUUAUAAAGCCGAAGUCCUGGAGAAAGUUUUAAAUGAUAUGAGCAAGGAGAUUAAUCUACUGUUGACUAAAUAUGCACAGAUUUUAAGUGAGAGAGCAGCAGUGGAUGCUUCUUACAUUGAAGAGUUUGAUGCAAUCUUCAAAGAAGCCAGUACUUUAGAAAACCUUCUGAAACAAAAAAGAGAGAGUCUGAGGCAAAGAUUCACAAUGAUUGCAAAUACUCUACAAAGCUAA